CGCUCUCAGCGCCUGUCCCGGCACGGAGCUGGGCUGCAGCGGCUGCAGAGCCACAGGGGCCGGGGCUGCGGCGACCGCAGAGCUCCCGGAGGCUGCGCUUGUCCCCGCAGCUGCUGCCGCACCUCUGGGCAGCGGGGACAGCGCAGCCAGAGCUGGCACCGCCCUGCUGAGCCUCGGUGUCCCGCAGGGCCGGGACCAGCAGUGACCUCUCAUCGUGUCCCUUUCAGGGUGCCAUCACCGCGGGUGUAAAGCUGUUCCCGAGGCGAUCUCCGAAAGGAUUUGUCAGCACUCCUGAUGACUCGGGAGCAAGGUGCUGUUUGUUCCAGGGAGAGAGAUGUGGGCAGUGAGCUGGAGGAGAGUGAAUUCUGCUCCACUCAUGGGGUGGUGAAGAAGGCUCUGGAGAACAGAGCAGCAACAGGGAAUGCACUCAGAAGAUUCCCGGGUAAAUGGUUCAGCUCCCAUCCCGUGCUCGUGGCGUUGCUGAUUCUGCUGCUCCUGGUGCUGGUGCUGGCUUUGGGGGUGGCCUUGGCUGUGCAGUCAGCACAGCUUCCACUUACACCUGCGACUCCGCUGUUGGUUCUGGGCUGUCCCCGUGGCUGGGUUGGGUACAAUGGAGUCUGCUACUACUUGUCAAGGGAUUACAGCACCUGGGAGCAGGGUCAGGAACGGUGCUCCGAGCUCGGGGCCUCCCUGGCCAUUCUCAAGGAUGAGGAAAUGGAUUUGCUCUUCCGCCUCCGCGGGAACGUCGAUUACUGGCUCGGGCUGCGCAGACGGGGCGAGCGCCUGCACUGGGGGGAUGGCAGCAGCUACAGCUCCUCGGUUCCUGUCCUGGGCAAUUCUGAGUGUGUGUACCUGGCUGAUGAUAAAUUCAGGACUAUGAGCUGCUCAAAUGAGCGGCCGUAUGUCUGCAGCAAGGCCCAAGCUGCCCUGUAACAGGGCUGGAGAAAGAACCUUGUCCACGCUGGGUACUGCCAGCUUCACUUCUUAGCCCGGCACAGGGCUCUCCUUCCUCAGCUGCACCUUUAUUAAUACCUAAAUGCGAAAGCCAAUAACUAUAUUUGUUAUUUAUAACAUUAUAUAACAAGCUCUACUGGGAAAUCCAAAUUCCCCUGGGCUCUUGGAAAUCAUCACAUACUGGUCUGCACAUGACACAUCUGGACUGUCUUUGGAAGAGGAAGAAGAGCGGCUGACACGUGCUGAGGAAGAAUCACACUUUCGGCAUCAGGCCCCUGACUGUGAAGAAGGAUCUGUCAGCUGCUGGCUCUCUCUCUCGGCUUUGGAGGAGGAUUGUCAAGAGCUGCUGCUUGGGGAAGGGAAUUCGCUGCCACGGCCAUAACCGAGCCCAGAGCUGCUUCCUCUGCUGUGGGGUGAGCCUGUGCUUGUGAGAGCAGCCCCUGAACAGGGCCCUUAUUAUCCCGCUCAGUGCCCCAGGGCCCUGUCCCCCCUGCUCGGUUGCCGGAUCCUGAGCUCGCCUCUCCCUGCCCUGCUCAGACCCGGCUGCCGCUGCCCCGGCCCUGCCACCAGCGCCCCUGCCCGCCGUGCCCGGAACUGUACCCGAGGGGAAGUGCCCGCGGCCGAGCGGGGCCGGGGCUGGGUUUGUGUCUGCUCGGGGCAGGGCUGCGCUGCGGGGGUUUGUGUGCCUGGGACAGAGCGGUAAAGAGCUGCUGUUCUAUUCUCAUAGCUGUGUCUGAGAGACCCUUCACUUCUAAAUUAUAAUAAUGCAGAGGGAGCGGGGUUACAUUUUCCAUUGCCAGGGAGGCUCCUGCCUUCCUUAGGAGACCCCUGCCUUUCAAAGUAAAACACCCCCAU